AUGUUGUUUCACGUGUUUCUGUGGCUUCUCAUCUUCACGUGUUAUGCGGCUCCCCAUGACUUGUUGGCCAACUGCAAAACGGUACUGAAGGGAAAUAUGAGGCCUUCGGAAAUGACCUUCUGGCAGCAUGUGGUUGGUUUGUGUUCAGUAGCGGAACAACAUUUCGACGAUCGUCUUAUAAUUCUUUUCUGUGCCAAUUUCUACCGUUAUCCGGUGUGUAAACUUGUCGACUACACGUUGAAACAAGAAUUGCGGAAUGGCACUCAUGAUGCUAUGUACGUCGUAAGCGAUAGCAUGAGCUUCGCGCGCGACCUGCAUGUGACUCACUUUCCAGCAUUGACUCAAAUUAUCGCAGGACGUCUGACCCCUUUCCUCACGAAAAUGAACUACCAAAAUAUUAAGGACUGGUUGCAUAAAUUCAAUGUCAAGUCCAUUAUCUCAAUUAAUUACACGAAUUUUGAAGACGUCGUGCGCAACGUCGAUCCUACCGCGAUUUUCAUGUACCGCAAUGGUGAUGGAUGUAUGGACGCUGCACAGGGCAGGUGGUGGAGGAAUUUAGUGAGAAGCAUGUAUGACAUGCCUGUGAUUCAAUUUGCAAGUAUGGAUGUUAAUGACUGGAACAAAUUGAUCAUGCGUCAGCGUUUACAUGUGGAUCUAAGCGACAGAUGUCCCCAGUUGGUAAUCGUCUCAAAUUAUAGCUACAUUCUUUUUGAAAAAGAAAUCCUGCGACGCGGCGUAACAGAUGAUAUUCGUUCCUUUAUUUCGAACAUUGUUCAGUUUAGCGCCAAGGUGUCGUGGAGGUCUGUUGGCGAAGAUUUGACAGAUAUUGAAUUUCAGUACGAGUUCAUGGAGGAAGAUGCUAUGGAAGUUACCUCAAAAUCGAAAUUCAUUAUCAUUGGCGUGACUGGUGGGAUUGGAGUCAUCGCCCUGGCAGUCAGCAUUUUCUGGGGUCUCUCCAGCUCCGCCUACACAAAUGACUACCAAAGUCUCUACGUGACUACUGAGCAAAUGCAAUAUGGACAUAAUCAUUGA